AUGGCGGCGGGGGACGGCGGCGAAGAUCGGCUGAGGGCGGUGAGCUUCGCGGCCGGGACAGCGGCGUUCAUGGCUUGCAUUGAGCGAGCAUUUAUGGUGUCUGUGUUCAUGCAUUGGCGAGUGUGGGCGUUUCUUGCCUUGAAUCUCUUGCUCUUAGCCAUUCUCUUCACUUCCAAAUCGCAAAACACAGAAUCCAGCCAAAUCCAAUGCAAAAAUGGAGGUGAUGAAGCGGAGGUCAAGAGGAGUAAGAAGACUAGGCAUAGGCAGCGCAAGCAACUGUUGCUUCCGACUGAGAAAUGCGUUGUGGCGGAGACAGAGGAGGCGCCGCCACCGCCACCGCCGGAAGUUGAAGUUGAGAAUGAGAUUGAAGGAAAGUUGGAUGAAUAUGAUGAGCUAUCGGAGGAGGAAUUGAAGCAGAGAGUGGAGAAUUUCAUUGCUAUGUUUAGGCAGCAUUUGAUAUGUGAUGCUAAGGGUACCCAAAUUGUGGGAUGUGCUAAUGUUAUUGCUUCUCGUGUAUAUUGA